AAUCACACUAAAAAGAACAAAACCUGUUUAAAGCUCUUGUUAAAUGUGUUAGAAUAAUAAUAAUGUGCUUAUUUUACGUCCAGAGUUUAGUUUCAGUCCGACACAGAAAACUUUAACAAAAAGGUGAAAGUAUUUUGGUUUCACGAGUUUCUCAGCUUUCAUGUUGUUUAUUCUGAUUAUCGACUCUGCACAAGAUUAAAUAAUAAACCUGAACCUGAAGCCGUCCCGGUUCGUGAUCCAGCCUUUCUGAUACCUUAAUGACGUCAAUAAGGCUGGUUUCCGGGAUGAGUGCCGGUAGUUUGACGGAUCUUCAUCCUGCUGCGCUUCAACAUGAAACACACGUCAUCAUCAUCAAUAUUAUCAAUAUCCAUUCAGAGGAUGAUGAUUAUUCAUAUUUUCUGGUGGAAUCACGUGAUCUGACGGUACGGCGCCUCGUGAUUGGACGCUCCGGUUUGGGAUGACGUCACCUCGGUGCUCAUACAGGGAACAACUUAAUACACGAUCAUUAUUAUUAAACCGCUUAAUGACAAAUAAUAAUGAAAAUAACAACAAUAGUAAUCAGGGACAGAUCACCUGCUGGAGCUCAGGUACAGGCCACCCGCUGGAGCUCAGGUACAGACCACCCGCUGGAGCUCAGGUACAGAUCACCCGCUGGAGCUCAGGUACAGGCCACCGGCUGGAGCUCAGGUACAGACCACCCGCUGGAGCUCAGGUACAGGCCACCCGCUGGAGCUCAGGUACAGAUCACCUGCUGGAGCUCAGGUACAGGCCACCCGCUGGAGCUCAGGUACAGAUCACCUGCUGGAGCUCAGGUACAGGCCACCCGCUGGAGCUCAGGUACAGAUCACCCGCUGGAGCUCAGGUACAGGUCACCCGCUGGAGCUCAGGUACAGGUCACCGGCUGGAGCUCAGGUACAGGUCACCCGCUGCAGCUCAGGUACAGGUCACCGGCUGGAGCUCAGGUACAGGCCACCCGCUGGAGCUCAGGUACAGGUCACCCGCUGCAGCUCAGGUACAGGUCACCGGCUGGAGCUCAGGUACAGGUCACCCGCUGCAGCUCAGGUACAGGUCACCGGCUGGAGCUCAGGUACAGGUCACCCGCUGCAGCUCAGGUACAGGUCACCCGCUGCAGCUCAGGUACAGGUCACCGGCUGGAGCUCAGGUACAGGCCACCCGCUGGAGCUCAGGUACAGAUCACCCGCUGGAGCUCAGGUACAGGUCACCCGCUGCAGCUCAGGUACAGGUCACCGGCUGGAGCUCAGGUACAGGUCACCCGCUGCAGCUCAGGUACAGGCCACCCGCUGGAGCUCAGGUACAGGUCACCCGCUGGAGCUCAGGUACAGGCCACCCGCUGGAGCUCAGGUACAGGUCACCCGCUGCAGCUCAGGUACAGGCCACCCGCUGGAGCUCAGGUACAGGUCACCCGCUGCAGCUCAGGUACAGGUCACCCGCUGGAGCUCAGGUACAGAUCACCCGCUGGAGCUCAGGUACAGGUCACCGGCUGGAGCUCAGGUACAGGUCACCGGCUGGAGCUCAGGUACAGGUCACCCGCUGCAGCUCAGGUACAGGUCACCGGCUGGAGCUCAGGUACAGGUCACCGGCUGGAGCUCAGGUACAGGUCACCCGCUGCAGCUCAGGUACAGGUCACCGGCUGGAGCUCAGGUACAGGUCACCCGCUGCAGCUCAGGUACAGAUCACCCGCUGCAGCUCAGGUACAGAUCACCCGCUGGAGCUCAGGUACAGGCCACCCGCUGCAGCUCAGGUACAGGCCACCCGCUGGAGCUCAGGUACAGGUCACCCGCUGCAGCUCAGGUACAGAUCACCCGCUGCAGCUCAGGUACAGGCCACCCGCUGGAGCUCAGGUACAGGUCACCCGCUGCAGCUCAGGUACAGAUCACCCGCUGGAGCUCAGGUACAGGCCACCCGCUGCAGCUCAGGUACAGAUCACCCGCUGGAGCUCAGGUACAGGCCACCCGCUGCAGCUCAGGUACAGGCCACCCGCUGCAGCUCAGGUACAGAUCACCCGCUGGAGCUCAGGUACAGGCCACCCGCUGGAGCUCAGGUACAGGUCACCCGCUGCACCUCAGGUACAGGUCACCCGCUGGAGCUCAGGUACAGGCCACCCGCUGCAGCUCAGGUACAGGCCACCCGCUGGAGCUCAGGUACAGGUCACCUGCUGGAGCUCAGGUACAGAUCACCUGCUGGAACACCUGUCUGCAGCCUGUUCCUCUCACUGACAGCUCACGUGAAAGUAAACAAAGUACUUUACUGUAGUACAAAUCUGAGGUACUUUCCAUCUCACGCUACUAUACUUCACUACAUU